UACGAAUUGAACUGGUCAUGAAUGCUUUGAAUUCAGAUUCUAGAAAAGUGGAAACACAGCCAGAACUGAAGGUGAAGAAGGAUGAUUCAGUACAUGAACAUAAAGGGCAAGUGAAAAAAGAGAUUUUUAUCAUCAAACACAGGAAGAGCCGUGAUGAAGCAGCUGAGGUAAUAGGUAUGAGAACUUCGAGCUGUACUAAAGAAGAUAUGGAUGUGAUUCCUGUACAUUGUGGGAGACUCAGCAGAAAUUCUGAUGAUUGGAGGGAGCCUGCAGAGAAACUGCAGUUUCAAUCACCAAGCUCACUUUCACAGGAUGGAAAUAGAACAAGAAGAAUAAGAAGAAGAACGCCGAGCAGAGAAAGAGAGCAGGAACAAUGUUCAAGCAGCAUAGAGAGGAGAUUUAGUAUAUCGCCUGUAAGAAGAUCUUCAGAUACCUCCACAUUACACAGCGCAAGAAACAACACCAGUACUAGCUUUAAGCCUGCAAAAGUGGUGUAUGUUCCUGCUACUGUUACAUCAUUUGUAACGGAUAAAAGUAAUAAUAGUGAUUGUGGAGAAUCUGCAGCAGCUACAACUGGGACAAAGAGGAUUACAGUUAGGAGAAAUGUUGGUGCGGCUUCACCGCAUUCUCAAUCUCCUGCAAAAGCUAAUGGGAAUGCAACAGAGCACGACUUGGAGCCGACAUCUCUACUUGCAAGUGUGAGGCUUGGUUCAACUGAUAUGCAUUGCAGUUUUGCUCAUGGUUUGCAAGUUAUCGGCCCAACCGGUUUGUGCAGCUGUAGGAUGUUCUUCAGGCCGAUACGAGUUUGCUGCAGCAAGUGAAGUGGUAUGUUAUCACUGUAUUGAUGACUAUUUCCCGAACCGUUGUUACUGCUGAGCAAGAAGAUGUUGUUGCUGCCUAAU